CGCUCGGAAGUCGGACGGACUUCACCAGCCAGUUACCGGCACGUCCGCGAGUCACGUGGUACUCGGGUACUACCCCGUGACGUCAUCAUUGUGCGACCAUCCCUGACAGACAGAGCUCCAUGUGAAUACCAAAGUUAUCCCUAAAUACCGGUUGGAUGCACUAUGGUGGCCUCGUCUGCUGAAUUGUGACACACCUUCUCUUUCCUCUCCUACCUGUGGCCACUAUCCUGUCUCUGAGGGGUUAUGGCGAGCCGCCUCUUGGGCAGAUAUGCCCGUCUGCUCUGCAGGGCCUCCUCUAAAGCUUCAGCUACUGCUGCCCGCCUGCCUCCACCUGUGGCAGGGGCUGCAGUUGUGCAGAAGGCUCAUGGCUGGCAGUGGGUCACAGAGAGGUCAAUGUGUGAGGGAAGGACAAUAGAGAAGGAAGAUACUAUUGCAGACAUGCCUGCACGCACACAGCUGGAUGAGCUGGUAGACAAAGCAGUGGAGCCAGAGAGCAUCCUUGAGGCCUGGGAACAGAAUGGAGGUAAUGGUCAUCAGGCUGCAAAUGCCCUGAUAAAGUGGACUCAGUUGAUGUUAAGGAUGAAGAGCAAAUUUAAAGAACAACCAUUGGAACUGAGAACAGACCCAAGGCUACUGGAUAUAAUGGACACUGUAUCAAAAGAGGUCGGUUCAGUGUGGAACAGCAGUCUAGUGACAGUCUUGCGAGCUCUCUGGAGUAUGCAACUUCCCAGCACCAAUCCAGUGCUUAGUUCGGUCCAGACUGAGGUUCUAUGGAGAAUCCGAAGGCUAUCCUACAAGCAGCUAGGCUUCCUGGCAGACUGGGGGGCAAACAGGAAAGCGCAGCAGGAUGUGGCCAUAGUGAAUGCUGCAUUAAAACAGCUUGAACUGCGAUGGACUGAAAUUGCUGAAGCUAAAACUAUCAGUGUACUGAUUUCCAAAGGACGGCGCAUGUCACCUACCCUGUUAGACAGACUUGAAGACAAGGCUUUGGAGCUUGUGGAGAGCUUUACAGCUGAGGAGAUCCGUAAAGUCUGUGUAUCAUUGGCAGCUCGGAGCCGCAGGUCCGUGCCACUGCUCAGAGGUCUGUCCUACCACCUCCUGCAGAAGCCUUCAUCAGAUUUCAGCACUCCACUGAUAAUGGACAUGGCCUUUGCAUACGGGAAGCUGAAUUUCAACCACUCUCAGGUGUUUCAGAGGAUGGCUGCAGAGUUGUUACCCAGAGUUCCUGAGCUCAGCUCCACUGACGUCACACGCUGCGCCAAAUCCCUCGGCUUCCUCAAAUGGCUCCACUUGCCUUUAUUUGAGGCCUUUGCUGAACACUACACAGCUACCAGUGAGGCGUACAGCACUCUUCAGCUCUGUAAUCUGCUCAUGACUUUUGGAAGAGUCAACUUUCAGCCCAGUAAAGGAGAGGAGUUUUACACCAAGGUUCACUCAGCACUGGAAGACUUUCUCUCCGGCCUGGAGCCUUUCUUGCAGACGGAUGUGGUUUGGUCUCUGUGUGUGUUACAGCAGGCCAAGCCUCAUUACCUCAUCCCACUCACCCAGCAGAGCCACGCUACCAAACUGUCAGUGGGCAGCACAGCUCGAGCAGAGAACUACCAUCAGAAGCUCCUCCACAUCGCUGCUACUCUCCACCUAGAGCAUCCAGACUCUUCGGAUUCCCCGUCCUCCCUGGGUGACCUCCCUGUCUGGACCAGAACCUCCCCCCCCUCCCCAGUGCAGAGCAGUCUGAGAGAGGCUCUGCAGAGUUUUGUGGAGGGGAGGACAGGUGCCCUUCUCACUGGAAUCGACACUGUGUAUGGAUGGACUAUUGAUGGUGAGCUGGUAGUGGAUUGUGACAACAAACCAGUUGACAUGUCACAGCUGAAAGCCCCUCAUCUACCCAGCGGAGGAGGAAACCAGGCUUUACCCGCAGGGGCCCGACGAAUUGCCUUCUUGGCUUGGGAGUUUCCAAACUUUGGCUCAAAGAGUAGAGAGCUUCUGGGACGGUUCAUCAUGAUGAAGCGACAUCUCCAGCUGGCUGGCUUCAUCACAGUGGAGGUACCAUAUUAUGAGUGGCUGGAGCUGAAGAUUGAAAGGCAGAAGCUGGCGUACCUGAAGGAUAAAAUAGGAAAGGCUGUGGCCGAGGACAUGGCUAAAUGAGCCUAUCGGUCUUCAGCGAAAUUUGCAGACUCAGCUAAAUCACAGCUUUUCCAACCAAAUUGGACGACAGGGAAUACGCGGGUACACCCACGCUCACACUCAGAGCAGAGCGGCAUUGCAGAAAGGCACUCUCAUACUCACUCUUUCAGAUAAAAAAUAAUAUAUUUUUUGCUCUGGUUCCCUUGGCAACGUGUGGGGCUUUCCCUGUUUCCAUGGUGAGGUUGAGCGAAGGGGUUUUGGAGGCAGAGAGACAGAAAUAAACACAUCAACGAGUCCUUCUAUGGCGAUGAUAUGAUCCACAAGGAGUGACUUAUCAAAACAGAAGCACCAGGGCUUUGCCCAAUGUUAGCAUGUGGAUAGAUCGAAGUAACUUAACUAUCUCUGUGAAUGUGUGUCAUCUUGUGAUGGAAUAAAUUGUUUUAUUGCCAU